AUGCGUUCUUUUCUCCGCACAGCGACUUCACUCUCCCUACCUCUCCUGGCCAUCUGUCAAGAUGGCUACUCGGGCUACAGACUCGACGUCCGUCAAGACGGCGACCCAGCCGCGGUCCUCUACGAGACCGCCAACACGGCAACAUCCAACGUCUCAGCCCUCGACCCUAUCCCAGAUGUCCUCCUCAACGCCUCCGUCCACGUGGGCGAAAUCUUCGUCGGCGUCGACAACCUCACCGCCAAAAUCAAUCUCGACGCCGAAGUCCUCCAAUUACUGCAAUUCAACGCUGGCGUGGACCUCAGCAUCGACAAGGUCUCCCUCCUCAUUCAGAAUGUAACUGCAAAAGUCUACCUCGAAGCACGUCUGGGCAACCUCGUGAAGAUGAUCGACGACGUCCUUGAUAGUAUCGAUUUGAACCCCGUGCUUGCAGAGCUCGGCAACGGACUCGGUUCCAUUCUCAACGACACUGCUGGGCUCGUUGGCGACGUAGCUGGCGGCUUGACAGGAAGCGGUGGAGACAGUAGUGACAACACCACAGCAGCAGGAGCAGCAAAAUCCAAACGUGACCUCGACUUCCACCAAUGGGAUCUCCACAACAACAUCCUCUACUCCGUCUCCAACUUCCAAGGCAACACGCACAAGCGGCGCGUGCUAGCACAAAAUGGCGACAUUGUGGAGCAGACUCUCGACAACAACGGUGUCAUCUCCAACUCGGUCGUGGUGGGCGAUUAUGCGCGCAACAUGCGGUUUAAUGGGUUCAAUGCCAGUGUUGUGUUCAAGGGCGAGGAGGCGUGGGAGGAGGAGUAUGUGUAUGAGCCAUUUGCAGGACUGUACUCCAUCUCAGGCGUGUUUAAGAGUAAAUUGGAUGGAGGGGUUAUGGGUACGCAGUUACUGGCCGAGGCGAGGGGAGGGGGGAAUGCGAACAUUGGGAAUGAGAAGGCGUGA